AUGGACCAGUCUUGCUCAGACUCGGUGGAGAGCUACUUGCUCGACUCUUCAAGGAACACGAACACCUAUUGCUACGAUCAGUUUACCGUCUUCUUAAAUAUGACACGCUCACAAAACAAAUACGAAGCACCUAUGCCAGUGAUUGGCCUCUAUGUUGCAGCAGCAUCUCUAGUCUGCACCCUUGCUAUGGCUGCAGAUGUCAUCCACGGCUUCCGCCACAAAAAACUUUGGUUCCCAUGCAAAUUCUUCACUGUCAAUGCUGCUUCCCUCACAAUAUUAGCCGUGGCAAUGAAGCUGCCUGUGGAUCUUACAUCUGCAAUGGAAGGAUAUCUAGACCAGCUUGCAAAGUUAAUCAGCAAUGUUUUCAUGACCACUGUAAUGGGUAAUUUUCUAACCUCCUUCGCAUCCAUGGAUGACAACACCAUUUUCAUGAACAUCACUGCCUUGGGUAUUCUUGGGAUCACCAUCAUUGUAAAUAUCUUUAUCCAAUUACUUACUUCCCUACUUCACUUCCAAACAACACUGGAAAUUUUUGUUAUCAUUUUCAUGUUUAUUUUGUUCGUAACAUCGUGUUUCUCAGCUUUGACGAUUCCUGCGACUAAAAGAUCUUUAGAAUUGAAAUAUGAUGAAUUACACAAAAAAAUUUUCAAUGAAGAAUUAGGGGAGAUCGGAAAGCUUUCAGUUCAAAACCUAAAAGUAGUUGUUAAAAAAUAUUGGGUGAUGGCAGAAACUAGUGGUCCCCAAUUUGUGAUGGCCCGUUCCGUGAUCUGCAUUGCUUCGGGAGCAAUCUUUGUGUUGACUACAGCUCUUACUGUAAGGGUCUCAUCGAUCACAAUUAAACCUGGUUUUGAAUAUUAUUAUCAUUAUUGGAAACAUUCUUCGAGUUAUGGGUGGUCAAUCCCAUUGAUUGUUGUGAUUCAAAUUAUCGGGAUUAUAGUGGGUACUGUUGCCCCAACAUUCAGAUGGAUUAUUGCCAUCAGCUUCAAGUGCUCCCAAAAAGAUGGCAACAGCUACUUGAAUGAAUUCAAAGUAGAAAAAUAUUGGAUCCAAAGGUUGGUAGAGUGGAAAGAAAGACCCUUACCCUUGCGAAUUAGGGGCCGAAAAUUGAGAAAACUUGUGCAAGGUACUAAAAAUCUUAUUCUAAAUUGUUGCAUAGGUAUUCAAAUUGCAAUUGUGGUAGUGAGCAAAGCAAUUUUGCUAAUCCCCGUUAUCGUUAUAAGCUCAUUCUUUUCAUGUUGCUACUACUGCAAGAUGUUGAGAAAAACUCUCAUGUCUGAAUCUGGUGUCUCAAUAAGUCCAAAAAUUUCAGAACCUGAAACCGAUACAAAGUUGGAUCUUAGUAAUUAUGUUAUACAAUUUGAAGGUGAGGGAAAAUUGCCCAACGCAAUUUUGUAUAAUAUGUGUCAUGGCGUGAAUCAAGUGAUUCAGAUGGGUAGAAGGAAGCAACCAAAAUAUCUAAUGGAGCUUUUAUGGAAAUGUAACAACUUCCAGGGGGUAGCAGAAUUUGACAGGGUAAACAUUCAGGGCACUCAUUGUGAAGAACUUCCUAAUUGUUGGACUCUGCCUGUGGUGACCAUAACAAGCAUUGCCAUUGCACUUCCAAAUAUUAACAAUCAAAUGGUGGGCCAAUUGCUACGUAGUGUAAGAGAAGGCCUUUUGCUCGCCAGCCUAGUUGAGGAGAAUCUGUGUUCCAGAGUUGAUUUGCUGAACAUUAAAAAUACAGUAGACAUCGUAUGGGUUGGAGUUGAACUUUAUUGCAAGUGGAUGGACCAGGACCUUCGAAAAAUAGCUUUCAAUGCAAAAAAUUCUGGGAAAACUCUUCAAAGCCUAGCUGAUAUAACUGAAAAGAUUGUCAUGGAGUUCAAGAGAAACAUGAAUGGAAGUCUGAUGGAGAACCCUCUCAAUUGGCCUGUCAAAGUAAUAGCUGCUAAUUCUAUGAACAGAAUCAGCCGAACAAUACUGAUGAGCUAUGAAGAGAGUAAGAACCAGACUGAUGAGGAAUUGUUCGAGCAAUUGUCUGUUAUGAUUGCAGAUAUAUUGGGUGCAUGCCUUUCCAAUUUACCGCGUCUUAUAACUGCAAAAUGCUAUUCUAGUGCCAUAGAGAAGAGGGAGAAGAGUGUCAGGGAUGCAGCACGUCUUCUUGGUGAAACUAAAGAGAUUAUAAAGAUUAUUCGACAGCAUGAACUUCCAAGCUUAAGUCCUGAUCAAUUGGCUUAUAUUGAUGAGUGGCGCGCUUUACUACAACACAAAAACCCCUUAACCGUCACAUCUUCAUCGAAUAAUGUUAUAACUUCUUCAGGUUCUGGUGAGUUGCAUAUUGGUAUUGAGUAG